UUUAUGUCCAUUUUAUCAUUUUCUUUUCUUGAAUUCAACUUGCCUCUAUUCAGCACACGAAUAGAAAAAAGUGAGUAGAAAGGGCAAAAAGUGCAAUCUUUUUCUUUUUUAUUUCAUUGGGAAGUUGCAAAAAUGCUUUAGUAAUCGAAUCAAGGUUCGUAGGAACUUAUCAAGUACAAUACAAGAGAACAAUGGAAGGGAGUGGUGUAAGAUUAGUUUGUACUUUUUACAGCUUGUACGGUGUAUCUGUGAUGCGCUUUCUCUUUUGGUUACUGCUUCAAGCUUUAAGUACUUCUACAAAUUCCAUUAUUUGCUCAACAAUUCAAUUUCUUAGAAUUACAAUCAUUAAGUCAAUCUUAAUGCUGUAAUAUAAUUUUUGCCCUUCAUACAUAAUUCAUUUUUUUCAAAGUAUCGUUCUCUUGUUUAGGUACAUUUUAUUCGUUGCCUUUGUUUAAUUGGAACUUCCCCCUAUUAAGCCCUAUAGAUGGGAGGUAAAAGUGAGGAAAGAAAAACGCAAGAUGCAAAUAAUUUCAUGUAGAAUAGUAGUUGCUUGUUGGACCAAAUUCUCGUGUGAAUUCACGGAGCAACAUAAAUGGAUAUCAUAUGUAUGCAGUCUUUAGUCUCAGGUGAAUUUUCCGACAUGGCUAUCGUCAAUGAUGAACGUGAAUUUGAGGAAGAAACAACUCAUGAAGUUCUCCAAGAGUUUGACGAAGAUGAGGAAGUGGACGCCGAGGACGAUGAUGACGAGGACGAUGAUGAUGAUGACGACGGUGAUGAGGAUGAUGAUGAGGAGGAGAAAGAGGUCAUACAGAGCUCUGGCAGUGGUCCACAAGUUCACUCUAUAGAUGAUGAUGAGGAUGAGGAGGAGGAGGAGGAUGAGGACGAUGAAGGUGACAGUGAUGAUGAUGAUGACGACGACGACGACGAAGAUGAUGAAGAUGAGGAGGAAGGUGAAGAAGAGGGAGAUCUGGGCACGGAGUAUCUUGUUAGGCCAGUGGCACGUGCCGAGGAUGAAGAAGAUGCUAGUGAUUUUGAACCAGAAGAAAAUGGCGAGGAAGAGGCUUUUGAGGAGGAAGAGGAAGAGGACGAUGAUGAAGACACUAGCGGGAAGGUGGAGGCCCCGCCAAAGAGGAAGAGAUCAAGCAAAGAUGAUGACUCUGACGAUGAUGAUGGCGGAGAGGAUGAGGAUGAGGAUGAUGAGAGACCAUCUAAACGAUAGUCGAUAGGCCCUAUAUAGUAUAGAGGUCAAUCCCCCUUCAUGUAUGAUGGAUGAUGGUUCUUGUAGUCCUUAGUUCUAAUCACUGUUGGGAUUAUGACACCAUUUUAGUUUUAGUUUAGUUUAGUUUAAUUUAAGAACUUUGGUUCAAGAUUUUUUUUUAAUUGUAUGUGUUGGUGUUUUUUAGUUGUUCAACUCUGUUUAGUCUGCUAUUUUGGUGCAAGUAUUUAUAUAUGGUGGGCUUAGUUUAAACACA